GCCACGCCGCAGCGCCCGGCAAGCGAGGGGUUCGCUCUUGCCUCGGUUGUUCAGGAGGAAACGAGCCCGUUCUUCCACCCUAUUCUCACCCCCUCUUCUUGGGGAGAGAGGUCCCGAGCCCUGCGAGAGGAUGAGCGGGACGGCGGGUGCGGGCGGGCACCCCGGGCUAGGCUGGGGCGGGACAGCUGGAAGGGACAGGAAGGCGAUUGAGAAAUGGCUCUUUCCUGUGGUUCUCCCACGGAACUGAUGCCCUUCCCAGGCGGCGGGGGUGACAUUUAGCUCUGUUAGCCCUUCCUUUUGAGACUGAAGAAAUCAGGAUGUCGCCAGAGAGAGGCUAGGGCUCUGAAGUACAUAGAGUGUAUUUUCAUCUCUGUCGCGUUUCUGGGCCGAGAAGCCGUGAUUUGGGGUGGUAGUGAGUCACCAAGCAACAAACAGUGCUUUGCUCUCGACUCCCCUUGUGUCUCCAAGCCUCCAAAAUGAGCGCUUUGGUGUGAUAAACUCUGCUGUUGCUCUGUCCAUGCAGAAGAGAUAUAUGUGUUCCAUAUAUCCCUUUGAGAGUGAAGACUUCCCAUUUAAUGGACAAGGAUGGAUGUGUUUCUGUGGGGCUCGUUUGGUGGACUGGAGAAAAGUAGUAACUGCAGGUGAUGUAGCUGUCUGUUGCUGCAUCAGAAGCGGUAUCCCCUGAUUUUGGAUGAUGGUUUGAUUGGUGGUUUGAGAUAAAUGGAUUAAGGAAAAUGCAUGAAAAGUGUUUGUGUCCUCCCUUUCUUCGGCAGACCUCUUCUGAUUUAUUUACAGAGUGCUGCAUAGCACAAGUUAUUCCUUUUCCUCAGUGGUACUGCUAAUUAUAGGAACAGGCAUGGGACAGAAUGCACCUUCUAGAUGCACAACCUUUAUACUUUGCCUUUUUGAUGGUACUUAUGUAAGUAAAAACAGUAGGUGGUGUUCUUGCUGGUCCUAACACCUUUUCAUCUCUGAUUAGUUUUGAGGACAGUUUUGGUGUAUGUCUGUACGCUAUAUGUCUCUCUGUGUCUUUGUGGUUGUCAUUUUCCAGUUAGAACUGGAGGCUCCUAAAUUACGUCUGCAACUCCUUCCUCAGGCAGGCCUGAUUGGCUGUGUACAGGAAAGGUUGUUGGAAAUCUGCUCUAGCUUCUCUGAGAAAAAGUGUCUGGGAGCUCUCCAAGGUUUUAACCUCAAGAGGAUUACACUGUAGAACCCCAUUUUGGCUUCUGACCACAGCUUGGCUGUUCAUGGGAAUUACUAAGGAGCUCAUCUCGUGCUCUGCCGAUAUGAAGAGUUUGAUAGGUCACCAGUAGCGGAUGUCAGGAAGUGCAAUUUACUUUAUAAAGUAUAAAGAGCAAAGGAGCACAGAGAAGCAGAGUGGCUGGAUGGUUUCGGGGGUGUCUCAGAACUGACUGUGAAAAGGCACCUGGGAAGCUGCUAAGAUGUCAUCUCUACGAAGGAGAGUGAAAUCUGAACCCAAAGCCCUUGCAUCAGAAGAACUACCUUCAUUUCUCAAUUCGACCUCUGAAUCAGAGGAGGAAGAGGAGGAAUGGGAGCCAAAAAGCAAAAUUGCCAGGAGACCUCGUUUGCCAAAGAAAACUGAGGCAAAAACUAAAAAAGCUGCUGCUUCACGGUCAGCUCUGGCCAGGAAGAUGGUCAAGAAGGUAGCAAUAAAAGAGGAAAUGGAUGUAUCCUUUCCUGUUGCACCUGUAGAAGAUAAUAAAACGCAGCUUCUAAAACCUAAGGAAGAAAAUGCAGGCACUAAACCAAAAAGUUCAAAUCGAAUAUCAGAAGUGCCUAACAAAAUGGAAAUAAAUGCAUUCCAAGGGAAAAAUCAAAACAGUUUUGUGAGUGAUGAAAAACCCUCAACAAGUGUUCCUGUAGUGAAACAAGAGAAAUGCGAGGAAGAGUUUGCAUUUGAUGAACAACCCUCUAAAAAGAUUAAGUUGAAUGCGUGUCCUGAAGGAAAGCCAGUUAAAAAUCUGGGAGGCAACAAAAUAAAAGAAGAAUUUGAGAUGAACUGGGAUAUUGUACAGGCCUUGUCAGAAAUAACGAAUGUUGAACCAUGGGUAUGUGCAAACUUAAUUCGGCUCUUUGAAGAGGAAAACACCAUCCCUUUUAUUGCUCGGUACCGAAAAGAGCUCAUCAAUAACCUGGAGGCCGACGCCUUGCGAGAGGUGCAGCACGCGCUGGAAGAGCUACGUACUGUUGCAAAAAAGACACAUUCGAUGAUACAGAAGUUGAAGAAAGAAGGAAAGUUAUCCAGUUGCCUUUUAAAAGGAUUGCUAAAUUGCAGAACUUUGGAAGAAUUAGACCAUGUGUCUUCACCUUAUAAAACUGGGAGUAAAGGCACCAAAGCCCAGAGGGCCAAGCAGUUGGGAUUAGAACCUGCUGCUCUCUCCCUCCUGCAGAAUCCUGUGGAACUCAACCUUUUUUCUUACAUUAGACCCAAUACCAAAGGUCUUGCAAAUAUCCAGGAAGUAGAGGCUGGAGUGCAGCAUAUUUUAGCAGACAUCUUUGCUAAAGAUAAAGAUACACUGGAUUUUAUCAGGAAAUUAUGCCAGCAAAGGUACAUUUCCAUCCAGUCAACAUUGGCAAAAGUGUCAUCCAAAACUGGAAAUGAAAAAGAUAUUGAUAAAUUCCAUCUGUACCAUGAGUUUUCUUGUAAUAUAAAGAAUAUUCAGCAUCAUCAGAUUCUGGCCAUUAACCGAGGGGAAAAUCUGAAGAUCCUGACAGUGAAGGUCAACAUUCCUGACGGGGUGAAGAAUGAAUUCUGUUGGUGGUGUGUCAAUGAAAGGUGGAGACCAAAACAAUUUUUAAAACCAGAAUUUAUGAGGCUACUACGGAGUUCUGUGGAGGAUGCAUAUAAACGCCUUAUAUAUCCUCUUCUCUGCAGGGAAUUCAGAUCCAAGUUGACAUCUGAUGCAGAGAAAGAGUCUGUGAUGAUGUUUGGGAGAAACCUCCGUCAGCUGCUUCUGACCAGCCCUGUGAGGGGCCGUGCUUUGAUGGGAGUCGAUCCUGGCUACAAACAUGGCUGCAAGUUGGCAAUUAUUUCACCAACCAGUCAGAUACUCCAUACUGAUGUAGUUUAUCUGCAUGCUGGUCAAGGAUUUCGUGAAGCUGAGAAGAUAAAGAGGCUUCUGCUGCAGUACAACUGCAGCACUGUUGUGAUUGGCAAUGGGACGGCUUGCAGAGAAACUGAAGCUUACUUUGCUGACUUAAUUAUGAAGAAAUAUUUUGCACCACUGGAUGUUGUUUACUGCAUUGUCAGUGAAGCGGGAGCAUCGAUCUACAGCGUCAGUCCAGAAGCAUCCAAGGAAAUGCCAGACCUAGACCCUAACCUAAGAAGUGCCGUUUCCAUCGCUAGACGCGUCCAGGACCCAUUAGCUGAGCUAGUGAAAAUCGAGCCCAAACACAUAGGAGUUGGAAUGUAUCAGCAUGAUGUAUCCCAGACUUUGCUCAAAGCAACUCUGGACAGCGUGGUUGAAGAGUGUGUCAGCUUUGUAGGAGUUGAUAUUAACAUCUGCUCAGAAAUACUAUUAAGACACAUUGCAGGACUGAAUACUACCAGGGCUAAAAAUAUAAUUGAAUAUCGAGAGAAGAACGGACCAUUUAUAAACCGAGAACAGCUCAAAGAAGUUAAAGGUUUGGGUCCCAAAACCUUCCAACAAUGUGCUGGAUUCAUCAGAUUCAAUCAAGAAUAUAUAAAGAAUUUUUGCAGUAAUAAGAAAAAUGAACUUGGAAAUCAUCCGCUUUUGGCUAAAGCAGGUGCGCUGGGUAAAAAGAAGAGUAAACUAACAUCAUGUGCCUCACAACAGCCCAAUCCUUUGGACCAAACUUGUAUUCAUCCAGAGUCUUACCACAUUGCAAUGAGGUUUUUAUCUCUCAUUGGAGGAAAUGCAAAUGACAUAGGAAAAUCAGAUAUGCAGCAAAAAGUAGAUGUGGUUAUUCAAAAGGAAGGACUGGAAGGCACAGCCAAAAGGCUCAAUACCACCGUGCACACACUGCAGCUGAUCAUUGAUGGUCUCACUCAACCUGAAGGCUACGACAUCCGAACAGAUUUUGAUAAACCUGACUUCAAGAGAAGCAUAGUUUGCUUUGAAGACUUAAGUGUUGGUGCUGUUUUGACUGGAAAAGUUGAAAAUGCAACGCCAUUUGGAGUUUUUGUUGAUAUUGGCGUGGGAAAAGCGGGUUUGAUUCCAGUGCGAAGCAUAACAGAAGCAAAACUCUCUAAAGUGAAGAAGAGAAGAAGCCUGGGCCUAGGUCCUGGAGAAAGAGUGGAAGUUAAAGUGCUUAAUGUUGAUAUUCCUCGAUUGAGGAUAACAUUGGAUCUUAUUCGUGUUUUAUGAGAGGGGUUUCAGUAAAUGAGCCUUGACUUUAAAGGAUAAGGAAUGUCAGCAAGGUUAUGGAGACUCCGGCAUUUAAUGAGUAUUGAAAAUGAACACAUUUUCAAACCUUCAGCGCCUUGUUUUAUUUGCCUUUCUUUUUUUUCCAGCUUUUUUUUUUUUUUUAAAUUUUAGCUUAACAGUUUCACCACAUUUCUUGAAUCUUUUCUGUUAAUAAUUGUUGGAACAGGUUUUUGGAUUACCUCCAAGCAACCUUGUUUUGUCUGCAGAGCAAAUGAAGUUCCUUUGGCCUGUCAGACAGAUCUCUUAUCUGUUGUCUGUGCAAGAUUUGCUUAAUCUUCAGUUAGUACUGCAGGAGCAGACACAUCUAUAGUUCCCCUCCCAAAAAACAGCCAUUCAGUUUGCCUGUUUUCUCAUUGACAGUCUAAAUGAGGGCUCCUAGUGGUAGGAAAAAGUUUUCUUUUUAAGUUAAGUGGUAAUGAUGUUGCAUCGAAAGAUGUUGCAUCGAAAGUAGACUGAGGAAAAAGCACCUGCUAAAACUAUUGAUGGUUCAGAAAUAGUUAUCUUUAAUUUAUUUGACCAACGUUAUUAGGAAGUUUGUUUACCUGUAUUAUUUUUGCUUGUUCAGUUGUCAUGGAUUAACACAGUUGGAUGUACCUUGCAGUUUAAAAAAACUUUGC